AUGUUCACAACUGAUUUGAAUAAACAACUUUUAAAGAUUUUUCUUUCUAAUUACAGCAUCAAAAACAUUCUACUACCAGGCCCAGCUAUAACUAACACAGAAAACCUCAACCAAAAGCCAGAUUUUUGUAAUAAAUUGGAUUGCCCAAAAUUUGAGGUUGUCAAAGAUGUAAAGGAUAAAUAUCAAAUUCGACAAUAUGAACCAUCGAAAUGGGUAAUGACAGAGAUGCUGGGAGUAAAUUAUGAGGAUGCUAAAAAAAAAAUGUUUAUGAAGUUAUUUGAAUAUAUCCAGGGCAAAAAUGUCAAAGAUAUGAAAAUAGAAAUGACGGCACCAGUUUUGAUGAGACUAAUACCAGGCCAGGGUCCAGCGUGUGAUAACAACUUUACUAUGGCUUUUUAUGUAUCCAAUUCAGUUCCUAAUCCACCUAAAGCUAAAGACUCUACAGUUUAUCUUAAAAACUAUCCAAAGUUUAAAGCUUUUGUUAGGUCUUUCCCUGGAUAUAUUACUGAAGAAAAAGAUUUUAUAGAAGAAACACGGAAAUUGAUCACAUAUUUAAAUGGAACAUCAUUAGAUAAAUCUUACUUUAUCACUGCUGGUUAUAACAGUCCGUUUCAGUUGUUAGACAGACAUAAUGAAGUGUGGCUCUUUCCUUAA